UUAGUUGUAGUAGGAGGAGGCGAACACCGAAGGAAACAAGUGUGUGUGUGUGUGUGUAAGCGUGCCUGUGUCGUACUGGCAACUGCUGGCAGUAUCAAUUUACAUUAUCAGCAGUCGAUUUCACCUUAAUAUGCACGCAGAGAAGACGAACACGCCGAUGCGAUUACACAAGCGAGCAUUUCCAUAUAAAUGCGCUGGCCAUAUGAAUUAGUGUUGCGAACAAGGACUAAAUUCUACCCUGUGAAAACCAUACUAGGAAAGAACGAAUACUUGUAAUUUAUUGCGCGUGUGUGUGUGAGAGAGAGUGUUGUUUAUUUACGACAACUAUUUUGGGUGCUUUUGUUGUUAAUUUCAUUCAACCAUAAUAUUUUGUAGGGACCGUAUCAAGAGAAAGAUUUUUGCUUAUUUGUGUUCUAAUGUUUGACAUUAUAUCGACGCACUGGAGUUAACGUUCAUCAUCGUCAGUCAGUCCAUCAUCUCGAUGUGAACAGCAUUCAUAUGUAUGCGCAUCGCUGUAUGUAUAAUACAUAUACAUCUUGAAAAUUGCUCCUGUUUUACUCUUCAUUUCAUCUGAUUUGACGUAUAUAUUUUACAUGCAUACGAUCGUGUGUAGAUACGUUCCCGUAAAAAAUAUUUACACACGAAUUUCACCAAUAUCCGUUCAAAAUUACUACUAUCGGAGAAUAGCUGCGGAGAAGUAUACUUCAGUGAAGUCACUCGGUCUGGUCAAUACAUCUUCUUUAUUGCUGUUGUGAGAUAAUUGAUGUUACACACUACUUGGACAUAAAUACAAACACAUAUUUUCUUCAGUUUUGUGUGUGUAUAUAUAUACAUAUAUAUAUAUACACACACACGUAUUUAUAUUUGUUCAUAUUUACAUAUAAAUAUAUUUGUACACAAACAUACACAUGAACAUUUAUAUACACACACAUACACACACAUAUAUUCAUUACGUUAACAACAACAAUAAAACGGCAACACAUUGCGAGCAGGGAAUCUAAUAACUCCAUAUCGCUAUAGCUUUUACUGAACCACUGUAAACAACCAUGUCGGAGAAAGCGGCAGAUCUUCCUGAAAUUUUGGAGUUAAAUGUUGGUGGAGUGUCUUACACAACUACAUUAAAUACACUAAGGAAAGAACCUGAUUCUUUACUUUCACAGAUGUUUUCAAACUCUGGAAAAACGCCGAUUUUACGAGAUUCGAAAGGAAAGUUUUUUUUGGAUCGCGAUGGUGUGCUUUUCAGAUACAUUCUUGAUUACUUACGAAAUCAAAAACUGAUUCUACCUGAGAAUUUUCACGAAAAAGAUCGUCUGAAGACAGAAGCUGAAUAUUUCCGUCUGCCAAACUUGGUUCGCAAUCUUUCUACAAUAAGUGUUUCAAGAUCCAUAGGACAAUCGACAAACGUUUGUUGUAACGGGUUGAUAACUGGCAAGCAACCCGGCUACAUUACUGUUGGAUAUCGUGGGACAUUUGCCUUUGGAAGGGAUGGGCUUGCCGACGUCAAAUUCCGAAAGCUUGCCAGAAUAAUUGUCUGUGGGAAGGUAUCUCUCUGUCGAGAGGUAUUCCAAGAUACUUUGAAUGAAAGUCGGGACCCAGAUCGCGGAACAGAAGACCGGUAUACGUCUCGAUUUUUUCUCAAACACACUUUCUUGGAACAGGCAUUUGACAUGCUUGUAGAACAGGGGUUUUACAUGGCUGGUUCUUGCGGCUCCGGUACCAACAGUGCCGGAGAAAUCAAGCCAGGACUCGACACGGAAGAAUCAAAAUGGCAGCAUUAUAAUGAGUUCAUUUUCGAACGUCGAUGAGAAUUUCCUGAGAUAUGCACUGAAGUAAACAACGUUAGCAGAAACCAGGACUAAAAACAAGAUUUAAAAGAAACAGUUGAAAAUUCAAAGAAAAUCAUGCACCAAACACAAUCAAAAGGAUAUAUGUAAACAUACUGUAUAAAAUACACACACACAUUUGAAAUAUAUUCACGCACACAACAGUAUGAAAACAGCUGAAGUUUAAAUCAGCGAAAGAAUUGUAUAAACUAUUUCGAAGUAUUCAUUUAUAUACACAGGCCUAAGAAAUCAAUAGAAUUUAAUAACAUAUUGGUUACAUGUGAAAACGAAUGAAAUAUAUACAUAGUGGCACUUGAAAAUUGUACUUAAGAUGAAGAAAUACGAAGAUCGAAAGUUAUGUUAGAACAAUAUCUAUAACAGAGAAAACUAAACCGAAAACAUUAGUAAUAACAUAAAUUCAAAGUUGUGUAAAAGACAAACAUCCAUACCUAUUAUAUAUCUUUAAAAAUACAAACACAUAUUUGGAACCUAUAGGUAAUGACAACAAACAGAAUUACGUAAAGCAAGCAACGUAUAUAAUCACACACUAACAAACUUCACAUCAUUUGUAUAGAACGAAAAGGAAAGAAAGUAUAACUGAAUUUAAAACCCCAAAAUAUAGUAGAUCUUUUAAUAUACAUCUAUGUUUAAGAAAAUCCCAGGAAAAGCUUAUUUAACAAAGUCUGGCUGUAAUUCAUAGCAGUUUUCCGCCAGGUGCUGUGCUUCACUUUUUUGGCACUUUAGACCAGCGUCAAAAUGAAUGGAGGUGAACUGGAAAAGGAAAAAAAAAACUGAAGAAAGCAAAAUAAUAAUGUUAAUAAACCCCAAAAUGGCAGAUGAUAUGAAUUUCAUAGGACUUUUACACGUUAACUCAUUGAGAAUCAAGUGGUUAGAUUCACAAUUCCAAAGGUGAAAUAAGUGUCAAAAAACCGGAGAAACAAACAGGAAGAAAACUGAAAAGGUUCGGCAAGAAAAUUCAGCUGUUACAGUUUCUGUUUAUCGAGUAUACACCUCCUGCUCUUCGUCACACCAUGUUAUCUGUAUUUAAUCAAUAUAGUCACAGCCUGAUAUAGACCCCUAUACACCAAGAUACUUCAGAUUGACUAUGACUGAAGAAGAAUAACAAAAGGAGAAAGAAAUGCCAGUGUAAUAUAAUACGAAUGAAUUGAUGAUAUCACGAAUGGACAAAAUUCCCGAUAUACCAAUUUUAGACAUGGAUAUUAUGAAGUAAAUUUAAGAGGAGAUUAGAAUGAAUAAAAUUUACGCAAUCAAUAGACACCACAAAGAACGAUUAAUUGAGCUGUAUUAAAAAUAUUAAAAUUUUGAAACUGUGGUAAUGUAAUAUUAGGACAGUCUUCCAGUGAGACUAUUGAAUACCUCAGAAACAUAUUUUACGAAGAGGAUGCUUAUAAUUAUAUCACACUGAAUAUUUUAGUGAAAUAUUAUCAAGAAACUUUUGAAAGAAAAAUUACUUGUUCUUUGAAAGAAUUUCCAAAAUAGAACCGUUAAGACAUUAAUAGAAAUAUCAAAGAUCAAUAAUAAUAUUAAACAGAUGUGCGUCAAUACAGUAUGUCAAUCCGACUUGAAAGUGGAGUAGUUAAUAGCCAGGCAUCGAAAGUAAUUCACGGGCAAUUACACCGUUUACUUUCACUAAUAUAUAUUUUGAAGAAAUCAAAAAAUAGUGUAAGAAUUACGCUAAUAGAAUCACAAUACUUUUGGCUUAUACCAUAAUUUCCCAUGAAUUUAUGAAGAUAUACAUUCAAACUGUAAAGUUAUUAGGAAGUUAGUUAUUAUAUUUGCAGUUAAUGUAUAUUGCAUACAAUAAGAACAUUUCUACAUUGUCUGGCCAUCGUGUGAAUAGUUUUUCCUUGCCGUAUACAUUACUUCUUCAUACUUUCAGCACACAUAGGUUCCACUAGUACAUUACGGCAAUCCUGUAACUUCGUUUGACAUAACUCUAGCGAUUUCCAGUGAUUCCAGAUUCACCAACAGAAAUACUUGGAGACCUCGUCUUAGUAAAACCUCCAUUUAUAUGGAAAAUCUUUAGAAAUGAUUCUUUAGAAAAUGUAUUCUGUUUGGAUCACCACAGAAAUGUAAAACAUAUAACCCACGAUGCACCAAAUUAUAACUAAUAGAUCAAUCAAAAUUUAAGAUUAUGUAUAACACAAUGAGUUGACACAAAAUUCAUAUGCUAUAACAAACAAAUAAACGCCUUACGAAUAGCAGUAAUGAGAAGUCAUCUACACCACAUUUGGAUUGGGUUUAGGCGUCCCAUUGUGUAAACAUAUCGACACUACGGCGAUUUCGUUACGGAAGUUUCUAGGACUUAUGUUUCAUCGAGGUCCAAAACUGCUAGGAUAGAUAAAUGGAUAUGUAUGUAAGUAUAUAUGCAUGCUUGUGAAUGUAUGUAUGUAUUCAUGUGUGUAUGUCCACCUGUAAAUUAGUGAUUAGUAAAACAUAUUUAUUUGAUGCCAUCAACUAGUAUCCUUUUACAUUAAAAAAUUCAAUCAAUCUUGAGUAGAAUUAUGAUGUAACCGAUCGUGGAAUUAUUGGUACCAGUUACAUUCGAUGUAACCUGCUCAAAGCUGCAUAGAACCUAUUCUUCCCUGGCGUUCCUGUGUGAGUUAUGAGAAAUGGAUAUUUUAUAAACACCACAUCUACGGUCAUUGAUUUCACCGGUAUAUGUUAUCAAAUUCUUUUAUAAAGUAAAUAGAUUUUAAUGAUCUCACGGUAUAUGACUUUAAAUUUAUUACUAUGAAAAAUGCCAUGCCUGGUUUCCAGUGAAUACUAACACGAGGAAUGCGUAGUAAACCACCUGCAAAAAAAAAAAAAAAAGAA